AUGGAAGGCGACGAAGGAUUGCCAGGAGAGCGCGGAGAUGAUGCUCUGCCAGGACCUCAAGGUCCACCAGGACCAGUGGGAGUCCCUGGGGAAGAAGGCGCCGUUGGUUUCCCAGGACAUCCAGGCAAGCCUGGAAGAAAUGGCGAUGAUGCAGAAUACUGUACUUUGUCCGAAACGAAAGGAGAAGGGAUAUGUACUCCCUGA